AGCGAUGAGAUGCGAAACUGACCUCGUUAGGCAGGGAAAACCUCGUCAGUGUGCGGCGCCGAAGACGUCCCCGCCGCCGACUCCUUCCGCCGCGGUUUCUCGCCCCCGCGGCCGCCCUGUCCUCUCCCGGCGGCUCCGCCUGACCUCCGCGCCGACGGCUUUGCCGAACCCGCCGCAACCCCUUGCUCGCACCGCCGCCCAUUCGCCCCCGCCCGAAUUCUUUACUCCCAACGCAGCCCAACCACGCCACCCGCGAGGUCGACGACCCCGUCCAAGCACCGCGCUAGGAGCCACGAGCCGGUCCCUGCCGCUUGCUCUCGCCUUCCUCCUUAUAUAACCAGGCGGGCCGUGGGGCAAUGGUUCUUCCGCUUCGCCUGAUCCCGCGGUUGGCUGCCGCAGCCAGGUUGCCGCGCGCUCCCCGGCCCAUCUCGUGCCGGAAGACGUUAGCCCCGGCUCUUGCGAUGGCGGCGGCGUACAGCACCGGGACCGGCGCCGACAGGAGGCUGCUGUUCAGGCAGCUGUUCGAGAAGGAGAGCUCCACGUACACCUACCUCCUCGCCGACGUCGCCGACCCCGACAAGCCCGCCGUGUUGAUUGACCCUGUCGACAGAACAGUUGACAGAGAUCUUAAUCUUAUCAAGGAAUUGGGCUUGAAGCUCGUGUAUGCUAUGAAUACUCAUGUGCAUGCUGAUCAUGUCACUGGAACAGGAUUAAUAAAAACUAAGCUACCAGGAGUUAAGUCUGUUAUUUCAAGAGCUAGUGGAGCCAAAGCAGAUCAUUUUGUUGAUCAUGGGGACAAAAUACACUUUGGGAACCUUUUCCUUGAGGUGCGAGCUACUCCUGGACAUACUGCUGGCUGUGUGACUUACAUAACAGGUGAUGGUGAUGGUCAACCUUUACCAAGGAUGGCUUUUACUGGUGACACCUUGAUUAUCCGAGCAUGUGGAAGGACAGACUUCCAGGGAGGAAGCGCUGAUCUGCUGUAUCAGUCAGUGCAUUCACAGAUUUUCACACUGCCAAAGGAUACCCUGCUAUAUCCUGCCCAUGACUACAAAGGUUUCACAGUUAGUACUGUUGAAGAGGAGGUCGCCUAUAACGCCCGACUAACGAAAGAUAAGGAAACUUUCAAGACGAUCAUGGAUAACCUGAACCUGUCUUAUCCAAAGAUGAUAGAUGUAGCUGUACCCGCCAAUUUGGUCUGCGGCAUCCAGGAUCCGCCACCGAAGAUCUGAGCUGUUCCGUUCGAAGCCUGCAGUGCUGCUUCGGGUUAUCUACGAACAAAGGAUCACCACGAGAGGCUUGCAACUCAGUUGUACAAUAAAUAAUUUGUUUGCUGCAGCCUGUGAUAUUACGAGAAAAAUAAUUUAGUCAAUGGACAAUGAGGCCGGUGGUUGUAACUUGCAAGGCACUACUGUAUGAUGGGAUCAAUGAGAGCAACACUAGUGAUAAAUGAAGCCAAUUUGCCUCUCGUCUUUUUA